ACAAAGACCAUAAAUGUAGCGUAGCCAAUCUGUCAACAUGAAUCCCCUUUUUUUAAAGGCCUUUGCCUAAUCUCUCACCUUCUUCUCCCUUAAAUUUCUUAUUUGUCGACUUGCCUUUCAUUUUGUGCAAUCUACCUAAACCCAUUUCCAUGCUUAGAUAGAUACGUCCAUAGCUAGCCACAUUAAUAAUCAUCACGUAUAUUAGAUCAACAUACACUUACCACACAGAGACAAGCUAACCUGCUCCAAAUCCCAAGAAAAUGAAAAGAAAAUUCAAAAACCCACAUACUCACCAAGAGGAAGACUUGACUGACAUAUCUCAAGAUUCCACUCCUUCUUCCACCUCAUUUAACAUCGAUGGCUCAGUCACUUCCCACUCUUCUUCAUCAUCUAAGAAAAGGCGAGCCAUACAGAAAAGGGUGGUGCAAAUCCCAAUCAAGGAACCUCAUGGAUCAAGGCUAAAAGGAGAGAGUAAUACACCACCUUCAGAUUCAUGGGCAUGGAGAAAAUAUGGCCAGAAACCCAUCAAAGGUUCGCCUUAUCCCAGAGCGUACUACAGGUGUAGCAGUUGCAAAGGUUGUCCAGCAAGGAAACAAGUAGAAAGAAGCCGUGUGGACCCCACAAUGCUCAUCAUAACCUACUCCUCCGACCACAACCAUGCAUGGCCAGUUUCAAAAACUACAACAAGACUCUCCCUCAAGAAAACCGAACCAGACCCGGUUGAACCGGAUGAGAAAUUUGCAGGUCACUUGGUCUUGGACGACGAGUUAGGCUGGUUGGGAGAGAUAGACACAAAUUCAUCAGCUAUUCUGGAGAGUCCAAUAAUGGCGGAGUUUGAUAAUGACAUGGCGUCCGUGUUUUUGCCGAUGGAGGAAGAAGAUGAGUUGCUUUUUGCUGACCUUGGAGAGUUGCCGGAGUGUUCCACGGUGUUCCGGCAUGGGUUGUUGGAUGCACGACGGCGGUUAACAGCUCCGUGGUGUGGGACCACCACUUGACAAAUUGGUGCCCCAUUUGACACGUUCUUCGUGCGUACCUACCUACACAAGAAAAAAGAUACUGCAUUCUAUUUUGUUCUACUUUUUUUUUUCUUGUUUUCAGAUUGUCGUUAUCUUAAUUUUUUUUUUAAAUUUCAAUUUUUUUAUUUUGUUGAGAUGAGUAGAGAAAAAUGAAGAUAGAAGAAAGAAAGAGUAGGUUUGGGUGUGAAUGGGAAAAGAGGAUUGGGGAAGGAAAUGAUGUGGCAAAUAUGUACCAAUUUUCAACGUGGUUUGUAAUUAACAUAACUUGGUCUUUCCUUAUGAGCAGCUUGCGCCAUGUUACUUUCAAGAUGUUAAUGUCAUGUAUUUUGUGGCGGCACCCAUUUCUUCUUCGCUGACUUUUUGAAUAUCUACUUGUAGACGUAUAGAACAUA